AUGCUCGCUUUGUUCGGCAAACUUCUUGGGUUUGAGUUCAUUGAGCUUACAAAGCGUGAUGAUAACUCAAUUGCUGAGCAGGUGGAACAUGGUCUCAUCUGGCAGCCCAACGUACUCCUCUACAGCGUCUGGAACGACUCCCGCGAAGGCGGGGAACCAGCAGGAUACCUAUAUCUCGACCUGCACCCCCGCCCCGGCAAGGUCGGCGGCUCCCAAUGCCGCCCCCUCCAGCUCGGAUUCUCCCUCCCAUCCCGCCAACACCGUCACUACCCCUCAACGGUGCUGCUAACCAACUUCACUAGACCUUCCCCAGGAAAGCCGUCCCUGCUCCAGCACUCCGACGUAAUCCUCCUCUUCCACGAGCUCGGUCACGGUAUCCACGACCUCUCCGGCCGGUGCACGUACACUAUUUUCCACGGCGCCGAAACGGUAGUAGAUUUUUCCGAGGAGCCGUCGCAGAUGUUGGAAAAUUGGUGUUGGGAUGUCAGCGCUCUCAAGGUUUUGGGCAUUAUGACGGGGGUGAGGUUACGGGAUGAUGUGAUUGACUCGUUGCUGAGAACUAGAGUUGUUCUUUCAGCUGUGAAAAUCAUGCCGCAGUUGAGGAUGACGGUUUUUGAUGGGGCUGUGCAUUCUGAAGUUGCAGGAGGGGGGGAUUGA